AUGUUAAUUUCAGCCGCCCUGCAAGAACCAUGGUGGUCCGCAAGGAGUGUUGUCGAUAUGGAUGCAAUACGGUUAAAGGAAAACGAGGAUGCGCCCGAUACUGUAAUAGCCUACCACAAAUGCAAGACUGGAGUGCGGGUGAGUGGGUACGAGUUCAAAUCAGGGGGGAUUAAGGACCAAUUCCUGCAAGCGAUGCGUUCGUACCGUGUCUUGGCAGGAGCUGAGUCAAAUUCAUCCUCUGCCCCCAACGAGAACACCUCGCAACUAAACGAAUCCGACUCUGGGCUACAGGAGAGCGAUGCAACUUUCAGCCAAUACGAUUCCUUAGAGAAUAGACCGCACAAAUUGGUCCGGCGGCAGAACAACACCUGGUCGCAGAUAUCAACACUACCUGAAACGCAAGACGUCACAUCCACCUUAGCCGAAACGCAAGAGGUUUCGCAGUCCAGUACCCUGUUCCUAACGAACAACACAGUAGAUGAUACGCCAAACAAGCCCGAAGCCAAACGACCCCCUGACAGUCCGCCGCCGGAGCUCACCAGACUACUCAAGAAGAGGAAAACAGAACUAGGGAUACCCGUCGAAGUAGACAUCAGUGUGUUCUUGAGACUCUGUCUGUUAGAUCCGACUUUCCCAGAAUUCGUCGAGAAGAUAGAACAGGAAUUAUGCGACGUGCUCAAGGCAGACUGA